CCUGGGCUGCGCUUAUCAUUCUGGUGGCCGUCCACCCCGGACAUCGGAGCCCACAUGCCGAUAAGUAUGGGGUAGAGCUGAUAGGCUAUCACUAUAGUCAUCAUUAUAUAUGAUAACCUGCACACUGCCCUGUUUGCCAUGAUGCAAUGCAAUGUCCAACAGCUAACAGAAAAGCAUGACCAUAUCAGAUCCCUCCACCCUGACCAGCCAGCAAACCCGUCUGCUGGCCCGCCAAAACGCCAUCACCAACACGGCCGGCUUCUCCCCGGGCACUCUUCAAGCAAAUCUCCUCAUCCUCCCCCAAAAGCAUAGCCAGGACUUUCACAAUCUCUGUCUCCGCAACCCAGUUGCCUGCCCCUUACUCGGCAUCAUUACCCCAGGAAACCCCUACCAGAUCUUCCCAUCACCAUGCAUCCAGAGCCCGGACUUUGAUCUCCGUACCGACUGCCCUCUUUACCGGGUAUACAAACAUGGGAAAUGCAUCGCGGAUAGAAAGCCCGACCUACUAGAUGUCUGGCCAUCUUCAGACGAUAACCCCCAAGAGGAGAACUAUACAGGCUUCCUCAUCGGCUGCUCCUUCAGCUUCGAAGCUGCCCUCUGCGCCGCAAACCUAACCCCCAGACACCAUCACACCUCCACCAUCGUAGCCAUGUACCGCACCUCCAUCCCGCUGCUCCCCGCAGGAAUCUUCACCAACGCUCACUGUAUCGUGUCCAUGAGACCCUACCGGGAGGAGGACGUCGAGCGGGUGCGGGAAAUCACCCGACCUUACCUGGCCACGCAUGGCGAGCCGGUGGAUUGGGGGUGGGAUGCAGUAAAACGUCUAGGAAUCAAGGACAUUGAUUGUCCAGAUUUUGGGGAACAGCAGGUAUUCGAGGAGGGAGAGGUGCCCGUGUUUUGGGCGUGCGGGGUUACGCCCCAGAUGGCCAUCGAGGCAGCAGGGGAUAAGAUUGACGGGCUGGUCUUUGCGCAUGAGCCGGGGCAUAUGCUCGUGACCGAUUGGAAAGUCGAGGACUUGGAGCGAUUGAAGGGGGGUUGACUGCUUGCAAGGGAUAAUCGAUGCGAUACCUUGAGCAUUCUAUCACCACACCGUUCAACAGUUGACCAAGCAGCUGGUGCAAAG